UAAUAACUCGCUCUUCCUUACUAAUUUGAGUUAUCAUUUCGUUUAUCUUAUUUAUAGGAAUUAUACAUAAUUUUACUCUUUAAUUUAUUUUAGUUUUUGGAUAUUAUGUUUUCAUCCCCCAAGAUUCCGAUCCAGAAAAUCCAUCUUCCCUCUGUACUCGGCCCAGAAAAUAUUAGAUCGCGCGAGCUGCAGCUUGUGCUCCAAGCAGGUCGCCCGAGAAUGAAUACCCCGAAAAGCCGUGGAAUUGCCAAGAAAUCAAUUGACGCGUAUGCUGCUCAGUGUGGAAAAUGCUUUAAAUGGAGGGUGAUACCUACUCAAGAGGAAUAUGAGGUCAUUAGAAGUAAAUUUACGAAGGAACCAUUUUUCUGCAACUGGAAACCUGAUGUCUCAUGUGAGGACCCUGCUGAUGUCGAAUAUGACACAACUCGGAUUUGGGUCAUUGACAAGCCAGACAUUCCAAAGACCCCAGAUGGUUUUAAGAGGGCAUUGAUGCUUAGGAAAGAUUUCUCUAAAUUGGAUGCUCACUAUGAUACACCUGAUGGGAAGAAAGUCAGAGGCCCUUCUGAAGUAGCAGCAUUUGUACAAGCAAAUCCAGAAUACAAAGAUGCAGUUCCAGAUUUCUGUUUUACGGUCCCGAAGUUAAUGGAUGAGACAAUUCCAGGAAAUGUAAAGAGAAAGGGUUCUGCUACAAGUAAAAAAAGAAUGAUAACAUCCAAGGAAGACUCUGUUCAAGAACUUCUGGGCGAUUAAUCCAGGCAGGUUUUUGUUGGAAGUUUUUUUGACCUUUCGCCUGCAGUUUUGGCAGUCAUUUAAUACCGUUCAUUCAUGGUGCGAUAAAGCUUAUUGGCUGUUUGGUUUGCUUGGGCUUUCUAGCAGUGCCAAUUUUCAACAUUUUGUUGAUAUUUGACUCAAGUUGAUUUCUCUGCAAUUUGAACAUGGAAAGUUGUAUUUAAAAAAAAGAAAAAACAGGCCUUUAGUGGAGUCCUUUCCUAUUCAAGAGUUUUGAAACAGAUCUAUACAUUAACAGUUUCCUUCCCAGAAGGGAUUUAUUAGGAAAUUUAUUCAUUAGGUGCC